UCGGAGAGGCGCGAGUACUAAAAUAGACGCAGAUGACCGUCGAUGUCGGAGGCGUGGGCAUCCAGAGGGAUACCUAGCACACAUCACGGGACGCGGUACCGAGGGGGCUCCUGCCUGUAAUAUAGAACCACAAAAAUCAAACGGUGGUCCGAGUGGAAAGUUCGUCGCAUUUCACCAUCGCGGCGUUACAAUCGUCAGUUCGACCUUGGGUGUCCUUGUAAAGCGAGUGCAGCAGUGAUUGAUACGCGAUUUUCACGUACCCCUAGUGAUUUUGCGCAGGAUUUUUUUCCGAGGAAAUUUGGCAGUCGCAAGUGUGAUCGAUUGUAACGUCCGACAAUGAAUGAUGAAGAGUGCAGAUACGUGGGGACCUCACUGUCAACUUCUUGCAGGGGAAGUGCGGAUGCUUUCGCACGAAGUCUACGAAGACGAUUCAAUACUCUGAACAUAGGUAAUCAACAUGAGGACACCGACACGACGUCCACAUGGUAUCAAAAUGGACACGGACAUGAUCCGUUUGCAUCUUCACCACUCAGUCCAGAAAACGAAAUAACCAACCCCCUGUCCAAUGGAAAUCAUUUCAUCAACCCAGAGGUAUUCCUCAACACCAAACCAAUCGAGUUUACCGGUUGUGAUCGUUCGAGUGCCUUUAUCAGUGAGAACGGGAAUGAUAUAUGCAUCGAAGAGACGGAUAGUGCUGUAAGUCCAGCAGAAAAUUUUAUUGACAGUAGUUCGGUCGAUGAUAACUAUGAAACUGCUUCAGAUCUGUCUGCCGACGAAAUAGAUGUGGUUGGUGUCGAGACUCUUCAAACGGAACCAUUAACUUCCAUUUCUGAAACAGGGUAUUUAAUAGAAGAAACAGCAGAAGUGAGUAAUACGGUAUGUAACAUCGGUGGUAACAGCAGAGAACGUUCUUAUUCCCCUUUGCAGGACGCAGAGGAUAUAUCGACGCCGAAAAUCAGACGGUGUUCAUCGCUGAAGAGUGGGAAGACUCCUCCUGGAACGCCGGGGGGUAAAAAAAUCGUCAGAUUCGCCGACGCCUUAGGGUUGGACUUGGCGGACGUUAAAACAUUCGUUGAUGAGAUACCGAAGAUCCCCACAUCGGCUUAUAACGAUCUGAACACUUUGGACGACGAGGCGGACGAUUUUCAUCUGCUGAAACCCUAUUCGAACACCCACGCGAAAUCGGCCUUGAUUCCUCUGUUCACGCAGCCUGGAGAAAGGUUCGAUUUCAUGGAGAGGAUCAGAAGAUGCAACGUUUGUCUGGAGAGUGCUGUAUUGGACGAUCCGAUCUCCUGCUCCAUCAAGGGAGUUGUGCGGGUGAGGAAUAUCGAUUUCCACAAGAGCGUUUUCGUCAGGUAUUCCACGGACCGGUGGAGGAACUCGGUGGAUGUCCAAGCGAGCUACGUCAACAAUUCUUGCGACGGUUACUCGGAUAAAUUUUCCUUCCUGAUCUACGCCAAUAUGCUUCGAUUCGGGGACAAACUGGAGUUCGCUGUUUGUUUCCUGGCGAAAGGAAACGAGUAUUGGGAUAACAACGAUGGAACGAAUUAUGUUUUCGAAUGUAUUUCGACGCAAACAGUGACCUUGGCACCAUUGGUUAUUCCUCCCAGUUGGGGCCAUGAGAGUUUUGGGGCUGCAUUCUACUGAGGUGAAGGAGAUGUGGAAAGAUGGGAAUGAUGAACGAAAAGUCUGAUCAAAGGUUUCUAACCUGCCAUAGUAUAUUCAACGGAAAUCUCUAUGGAAAAAUUUCGAAAGUUUGACGAUAAUAUUUUUUGUAAUCUGUCGAAAAUAACAAAUAAAAAAAUGUUAAUUAGAAUGAGAUCAAGAUUGACAGCAAGAUAUGUGCUAAUUUAUUUAUUUUUAUACACUGUUGUUGUAAAUAGUAUUUAUUAGUUGCUAGUUUUUCUAGGUCCUAUACUCUAUAUGAUUUUUUAUCUAUAUACAAAAGUAUCCCAUUUUAGUUAAUAAUAUUUUUCAGUUCGAUCGAUUUACCAACAUGUUAUUUAUCAUCUGUGAUUGAUAUUUGAAUAAAACUAUUGCUUGAGUUACUUGAAAUAUUCAGAUUAUGUGACUUAUAGGACUGAUUUUAACAUUAUAAUCAGUUCUAGAAUUGAAAUUUGUUUGCUCUCAAAAUAUUUUUUGGUGAAGAAAAUGCUUCUUAGCCGUGUAAAUAUAUGAAAUAUUGUUGAUUCAGCAGCUCAGAACCAUCAUUGAAUCACUUCUUUUAUAUCAAAAACUUUUAUGCAUAUCUACAACAUAUUUUAUGUACAUUUUCUCAUAUCAUAUUAUUGUAUUUUGUUAGGUUUCGUCGAGAAAAAUUGGAUUAGAUCACUUUGUUCCUGUAGGAUUGAGUUUGUUGACAUUUUAUUAUAAGUAAUUUCUACAAUGUUUUGCUCCAUUCAAUUUUCCAUGUUCCUUCCUGAUUAAUAAAUAGAGGCAAAUUCGA